AUGUCCCCUGCUGCUCAGCCUCAGAACAGCACAGCUGUUGGACUGGUGUUUCUGGAGAGAGUGAUGUACACCACCUUGACUACAGCCACAUGCUGUGUGUUCCUCUUCAUUAACGGGACCAUGUUGUACACUCUGAGGAGCAAACCAGUGUUCAGGGAAACCUGCCGCUACGUUCUCCUGUAUAACCUCCUGUUUGCAGACACCGUCCAACUGGCUCUGAGUCAGUUACAGUACAUACUGUCUAUCGGCAGGAUAUUUCUGACGUAUCCUGUGUGUGGCCUCCUCUGCAUGCUGGGUAACCUCACAAACCCGGUGUCUCCUCUGGUGCUGGUGGUGAUGUCAUUGGAAAGAUGUGUGGCAGUGUGCUACCCUCUGAGGCACGCUGCCAUCGUCACCAUCAGAAACACAGCAGUGGCUGUAAUGCUGGUUUGGGCCAUUUGUCUGGUAAAUGUCCUCAUUCAGAUAGUUUUGCUGUUAGAAUUUCCCUUUGAGGAGCUAGAAACUCUUCAGAUGAACACUUUCUGUAACACUGUUGUCAUGGUUCUAACACCUCUAUAUUCUGACUAUGACAGAGCUUACACCUAUUUUCUGUUUGUUUCUUCUGCUCUUGCCAUCAGCUCCACCUAUGUUGUUGUAAUUCUAGCAGCCAGGUCGGCCUCCACUGACAAAGCUUCAGCUCUUAAGGCCCGUAACACUUUGCUGAUGCAUCUGCUACAGCUGGGCUUCAGCAUCUCUUCAACCAUUCACAACCCACUGCUAUAUGCUGUUUCAAGGCUUGUUUUCAUAGGUGUGCUUUUGCGCAUCCAGAAUGUGUUUUUUGUGUCAUUAAUUAUUCUUCCUAGAUGUCUGAGUGCACUCAUCUAUGGCCUCAGAGAUCAGACCAUCAGACCAGUCCUCGUAUACAAUCUGUGCUGUCGGAUGAAGCUUUCAGGAGCCUCCUUUAAGUCGAAGGUUUCCCCUUAA